AUCUAUGUCAUAAUUCAUAAACAAUAAAUUGCAAAAUAGAGAAAACCCUAAGACCCUUUUACCACUAGCCAGCCGUCCCUUCGCUCUCUAAAGUUCACAAGUCCCUCCGACGGUGGCAAUACUCUUCCUUUCCAGAUCCACACGACUCUUUUUCCAGGUAACUUUGCUCCAAUUUCUGGUCUAAGAUGUCUGACAGUCAAGAAACUGACAAGAACAUCGAAAUAUGGAAGAUCAAGAAGUUGAUCAAAGCAUUGGAAGCUGCCAGGGGAAAUGGGACGAGCAUGAUUUCUCUCAUCAUGCCUCCACGUGAUCAGGUUGCUCGUGUUACUAAGAUGUUGGGGGAUGAGUAUGGAACUGCUUCUAACAUUAAGAGUAGGGUGAACCGUCAGUCUGUGCUAGCAGCUAUUACAUCUGCCCAACAGAGGUUAAAGCUGUACAACAAGGUUCCCCCUAAUGGGCUGGUUCUUUACACCGGAACAAUUGUGACAGAUGAUGGUAAGGAAAAGAAAGUAACCAUUGAUUUUGAGCCAUUCAGACCAAUAAAUGCUUCCCUUUAUUUGUGUGAUAAUAAGUUCCAUACCGAGGCAUUGAAUGAACUUUUGGAAUCCGAUGAUAAGUUUGGAUUUAUAGUCAUGGAUGGUAACGGCACACUAUUUGGUACUCUGAGUGGGAACACCAGGGAGGUGCUUCAUAAAUUCACUGUUGAUCUUCCAAAGAAACACGGAAGAGGAGGGCAAUCUGCCUUACGUUUUGCUCGUCUUCGAAUGGAGAAGCGGCAUAACUAUGUGAGGAAGACUGCAGAACUUGCCACUCAGUUUUUCAUUAAUCCAGCUACAAGUCAGCCUAAUGUUUCAGGACUUAUCCUUGCUGGAUCAGCUGACUUUAAAACUGAGCUCAGUCAGUCUGACAUGUUUGAUCCUCGUCUUCAAGCAAAGAUACUAAACGUGGUGGAUGUUUCUUAUGGUGGUGAGAAUGGUUUUAAUCAGGCAAUAGAGCUGUCUGCUGAAAUUCUUGCCAAUGUGAAGUUUAUCCAGGAGAAGAAGUUGAUAGGAAAGUACUUUGAGGAGAUAAGUCAGGAUACUGGUAAGUAUGUGUUUGGUGUUGAAGAUACACUUAAAGCAUUGGAAAUGGGGGCUGUUGAAAUACUCAUUGUCUGGGAAAAUCUUGAUAUCAAUCGAUAUACGCUGAAAAACAGCUCAACUGGUGAGAUAAUCAUCAAACAUUUGAACAAGGAGCAAGAGGCUGACCAGAGUAAUUUCCGGGAUUUAGUCACUCCUGCUGAACUGGAGGUGCAGGAAAAAGUAUCAUUGUUGGAAUGGUUUGCUAACGAGUACAAGAACUUUGGCUGCUCCCUUGAGUUUGUCACAAACAAAUCACAAGAAGGGUCACAGUUUUGCAGGGGAUUUGGUGGUAUAGGAGGAAUUCUGCGAUAUCAACUUGAUAUGAGAUCCUUUGAUGAGCUUUCUGAUGACGGGGAAACUUUUGAAGAUUCAGAUUGAUCAAUCAUCGGUUUUUCCAAGCCCAGCAACUUGAGCAUCAUCGAGACUUAAGCAGUGAAUAAGAUUCAUCAUAAUCAAGUUGCUUGCCCAGGUUACUCCUCUGAGGAUUUUACAGAAUUCUUAUUUAAGGUUUAAUUGUUCAACUUCAUAUUUCAUAUAUCGUUGUGUGUAAUACACCUUUGUUGAGUUCCCUUCAGAAUUGCUGUGCUCAGAGGAUAUACCAUUAUAUCUUGAGGUUGACCAUAA